AUGGGAGUCGUGCUCUUCAACUACUCGGAGGCAGACUUCACCGUGAAGCCCCGCGACCGCGUCAUACAGAUUAUCGUCCAGGUGAUUGCAACGCAGGAGGUCCCCGGGUUGGAGGACCUCGACGCCACCGUCCGGACGUCACCGAGGUGGAGGACGACGCCACCGUCCGGAGUUCCUCAAGGUGGAGGACCUCGACGCUUUGUACAUACAUCUAGAGAAGUGGUCUGGUUAGGUUGGUGGUGA